AAAGCCCAUAAAUUCUACCGAGUAAAUCUUAUAAAGGUUUUACACCUCCACUCAUCAAGUUUAUAGAACCCCUCUUCUAUUUCCCCUUUUUUUCUCUAUCGAAACCCUAAAAUCUCCCGAACUCUCGAUUCAAUCAAUUUUCCCCAAUUAAACGCACAUACACCGAUCGGAGUUCCGAUUUCCGGCGAAGAUGGCCUCCAAAUUCAAGAACGAUGGUCCCCACGGCGAUGGAGCCAGCCCUGGGAAGAUAUUCAUCGGUGGGCUUCCCAAAGAUACCACUAACACUAUAUUUAUCAAGCACUUUGGGAAGUAUGGUGAGAUUACAGACUCGGUUAUUAUGAAAGACCGUUACAGUGGGCAGCCAAGGGGUUUUGGAUUCAUCACUUAUGCGGACCCUUCAGUUGUUGACCAAGUUAUGGAGGAUACUCAUAUCAUAAACGGGAAACAGGUCGAGAUUAAGCGUACUAUACCCAAAGGUGCUGCCCAGUCAAAGGAUUUCAAGACGAAAAAGAUAUUCGUUGGAGGCAUUCCUUCGAGCGUCUCAGAAGAUGAACUCAGAAGCUUUUUCUCCCAGUUUGGAACGGUGGCUGAGCACCAAAUUAUACGUGACCAUGAGACAAAUCGUUCUCGUGGGUUUGGAUUUGUUGUAUUUGACAAUGAAGAUGUGGUCGACAGCUUACUCACCAAGGGCAAUAUGAUUGACAUGGAGGGUACUCAGGUGGAGAUCAAGAAGGCUGAACCAAAGAAACCCACUAACAAUCCUGUAGCUUCUACUUAUGGUAGCAAUACUAGGACCCGUUCUUAUGGGGAUGGUAAUGCUGGUUAUGGAGCCCCCUAUGGGGCUUUUGAUGGUGGGUAUGGUGCAGGUAAUAACUAUAAUAGGAUGUCCGGAGGUGUUGCUGGUAGACUUGGGUAUGGAAGCUAUGGUAGUGCAGGGGAAUAUGGUAGAGGUUAUGGUUCUUUUGGAGGUAAUAGUUUAGGGGCCUAUGGGGGAGAGUCAUCCCUUGGGUACUCUAGCCGAUUCGGUCCGUAUGGUGCAGGUUUUAGUGGUGCUUAUUCAGGAGGCAGUUUAAGUGGAUAUGGCGGAAGUGAAGGUUAUGGUAGCUAUGGAGCUUCAGGCUAUGGCGGCAGUUAUGAUCCCAGCGCUAGUGCUGGUUAUGGUGGAGCUAGUGGGUUCUACGGUGGUAAGGGAGGCUAUAGUGGUGGCAAUAGUCGGUAUCAUCCUUAUGCACGGUAGAAAAAUCAGUGUUCUUAAGUUCGUGAUAGGAGCUGUCCUUCCUAUUAUGUUUGAGCUGAUAGGUACUUCCCGACCAGAGUUAGAGAUGCUUCCUCGAGUGCUAAAGGCAUUAGAAGAUCAAAAAACUGCUUUCAUUAAUGUCUUUAUUAUUGUGGUUUAGACAACUAUGUCGUACGGAUUAAAGAAUUUGGUGUCUAUCUUGUUCUAGUAUCAGUUUAUUUUGUGGAUUUUUUGAUACUAGAUGAAGUUUAUCUUAGUUUAGAUAGAUUGGUGCAAUUAAACUUUAUAUUUACAAUUUGAAUGUGCAGCUUGUUGUUUUACUCUUUA